AUGGAGGAUGGGGAAAACGGGCUAGGGUUUGCGGCGGGGAACGAGGCCGGCUUCGACGCGGAUAAGGAGAGGGCGAGUGAAGAAGUGAAGGGCGGCACGUCACGCAACGAUGAACGGCACGUGGCGCGGAAGCCGAGGAUGGACGCCGGCGGACGACGCGGCUGUGACAUCUACGACGGCAUUGACGAAGAUGCUCUGUUCGCCGCUAUGUACGAGUACGACGACGAUGAGCUGCAGAGCCUGCCGGUGGUGACGGCGGGCCGCUCGCGCGAGGGGGAGGACUGCGCCGUCUGCCUGCAGAGCUUCUGCGCUGACGAGAAGCCCUGCUCCCACGCCUUCCAGUUCCACCAAGACUGCAUCUCCGAGUGGCUCCGCCGCAACGCCGUCUGCCCGCUCUGUCGCCACCAGCUGCCACCCGCCGAGGAGGACGGCAACGCCGACGAGCAGGUUGCUAGCUAG